AUGACUUCCGUUCAGAGCAAUACCAUCCCCAAGGACCUGCCGAGUAAUAAUCCGGCCGCCGCACCACGCGACGAUGCCGACGAAUUCAUCGAGACGGUCUCGGCGGCCAUCCCGCCCGGCAUGCAGCGCCAGCAGCAAAUGUCCGCCGACGAGAUCCUCACGGAGCUGAAUCGCGUGCCGCUGUUCAUGACCUCUCUGGACGAGACGGACGGCGAGGGCGGCGAGAACACGAUGCUCGAGGCCAUCAAGGCCCUGGCGUACGAAGGCACCAAGGCCGAAGUCGCCGAGAAUUUCCGCCAGCAGGGCAACGAGGCGGCGCGCGCGAAACUCUGGAAGGACGCGCGCGAGUUCUACACGAAGGCGAUUCAGACCUUGCAGGGGAAAGUGGAAACUACAGAGGCGCCCGCGGAUCUUUCUAGUAGCGACAAAGUCACGGCAGAGCAGCAGCCCGACGAUGAUGAUGAUGAUGAUGAGGAAAGCGAAGCAGCAAAGGAAAAAUCCAUCCUCGAGGCGUGCUUCACCAAUCGCGCCCUCUGUAACUUGGAGAUGAGUAUCACUUCCCCGUAUAUCCCCAUACUCGAGCGAAUAAUACCACCCACCUCGCUAAUACAUCCCCUUUCUUGCCCCUCCAAACAGAAAACCACGGCUCCUGCAACAGAGACUGCGCCGCCGCCCUGCGCCUGAACCCCCGCAACGCGAAAGCCUGGUAUCGCGCGGCAUCCGCGUGCCUCGCCCUCGACCGGCUUCCCGAAGCCCUAGAUGCCUGCGCCUCGGGCCUGCAAUUUGACGCAAGCAACGCGGCGCUGGCCAGUCUGCAGACGGCAGCCCUGCGGCGCCGGGAUUUCCUGGCGGCGCUCGAACGCACGAGGCAGGCGCGUGCGGAGCAGGCCCGUCGGGAACGUCGUGCGCUGGACCAGGCUCUGCGGGAGAGGAAUAUCGCCACCAGGGAGACGGAUUCCCCGCCUGAGAUGGAAGAUGCGAAGAUUUCGCUUCGUAGUACUACUAUUGCUUCUUCUUCUUCUCCUGAUCAUGAUGAUAAUGCUCACGAUCCAAAUGGUAAAGCGGAACUCACCUUCCCCGUCCUCUUCCUCUACCCCCUCCAAGCCCAGACGGACCUCGUCAAAGCCAUCUCCGAACACGAAACCCUCCUGCAACACCUGGAAUACCUCCUGCCCGUACCCUGGGAUCAAACACACGAUUACGUGCCGGACGACGUGGAAUGCUACAUGGAAACGUCGGCGGGAGGGCUGAUCAGAGCGGGUAAGAAGCUCAGUCUCGUCAAGCUGCUGGGGAGCGGAAAGGUGGAAAUCGUGGAUGGGUUGGUGCGGGUGUUUGUGGUGCCCAAGGCGAGGGCGGCGGAAUGGAUUGAGCAGUUUAAGAUUCGGAGGGGGAAGCAAUAG